UAGCCAACGGUCAGUCCUUGGCAAUGGGAUGGGUUCUAGAAUUGAGAUGAAAAGCCUGAACGCUCCUCAAGACGACGACAGCUGCAGCUCCAACAGCAACGACUUUGCAUACCCUGACUUUCCCAAGAAGAUUCCUCUCAAUGGGCAAUACCCAGAUGCAGAUCCAGAGAGUCAAAACUUCCUCUCUGAUCAUAACCCAAGCAAGAAGAAGUAUGAAACUGAAUAUCACCAGGGCAAUGCCUCCUUCGGCAUGUCCGUCUUCAACCUGGGCAAUACCAUCAUGGGCAGCGGCAUCCUGGGUCUGUCCUUCGCCAUGGCCAACACCGGCAUCGCCCUGUUUGUGUUUCUCCUGGUUUCCUUUGCUAUUUUCUCCUUGUAUUCUGUCCACUUGUUGCUGAAGACAGCCGAUGAAGCAGGUGCUCUUGUUUAUGAGUCACUGGGUUACAAGGCCUUUGGGAUCCCAGGCAAACUGGCUGCUUCCUGCUCCAUCACCAUGCAGAACAUUGGAGCCAUGUCAAGCUACCUCUACAUUAUCAAAUAUGAACUCCCCAUUGUCAUUCAGUCCUUUACUGGAGCAAAUGAUGGGUAAGUAGUUAAAUAUUUGGUCAUUUUAACAACUAAA